AUGACGUUGAAGCAAUUCAACGCCGACCUUGCGGCUGCUGUCUCCAAGGUGAAGGCAAAGCAUUUCGACAGGAUCAUCUCUCUUAGAAAGGGAGAAUCGGAUGGCGAGCUUUCCAUCACCUACGAAAACGAGAACCUCAAGACACCUCUGCGCAUUCAGGUGCUCAUUCCUAACAUCAGCGAAUAUCCUAAGAAAGCAUCGUUCUUGAUCUUCACCGAGAAUGAGGACAUCCCUGCCGCCUUGGCUGCUACUCUGGCGCGCCUGCAAGACCAGUCGACAGGACUCGACGUCGAUGCCAUGAUCAUCACCCUCAGCAGGUCUCUCACCAGAGAUUUACAAACAGGCGGCCCAGCCUCAGAUGAUGCUGCGAGCGACACUGAGGAGGACUACAACUAUGGCUCCGAUGAUGACGAUUACGACGAGGAUGACGGUGACGAUUUGUUUGGCAUCCACCAGGAUGACCCAGGAGAUCUGGACGCCCAGGCUGAAAAGCUGCAUCCGCGCCUGAAACAGGAUCUGAGAACCGCUAGGCAACACGGUUACAAAGUUGGCAUCAUCCAGUCGGCGCCUACCAACAACAUUGUCUCGAUCUCGGUUCGUGCGAGCAAAUUCAAGUUGCCGGAGGGAACCCUUGAGGUUUGGGGCAUCCGCCCCGAAGAGUAUGUCGUGCUCUUGAUCCACCAGACCGGCCCAUAUCUCACCCUUGAAGACAUCGUCCAUCCCAAGCCCUACCCUGAGCGACGAGCUCAUUUUCGCAUUGGAAAAUGCGCGCAUUACAAGCCAUCAUUCAUGGAAGCCCUGAGAGCUUUCCAUAGCCCGACCGACGACAACUCCCCAGCCUCGGGAGCGAAUGAGGGAGAAGCAAAGCUCAAGAAAAUCUUCAUCUCCAACUCAUUGGAUCAGUUCCUUGCCGAGGGACUCUUGAAUCUCAUCAAAAUCCGUGACAUUGAGGGCAUCUCCUGGGACCAGGCGAAUGAGGUGCUUCUGAACUUCCAGAUCGGCACUGACACGGCGCACACCAACAUCACAACCACGCCCUGCAAAACUGAUCCAGCAUUUGCGGGCACCGAGACUCCCCAGAGGUUCAGACAUGAUCACCUGGGUGAUGAGAAGGAUGGCCAACGAAGCUGGCCUCUGGUUGCUAUGCAGUUUGCCAUGCGAUACCUUCUUGCCUGUACGAGGUACUGCUUGAGGUGCCACCGGAGAGUGCAGGGCGAUAUCGAGACCCUGAAGCCAUAUGUUUGCUCGAACCCCCUGUGUCUGUUUCAAUAUCUUUCCAUGGGACUUGGACCCAGUGCAGAGCAUGAGAUUCGAUCUCAACCCAAGGUUGUCGACCUCCUCGUGAGCUUCUGCUACACCGGCUUGACGGCAAACCGCUCAGCAGCCAACCCAGUAUCGUGUGGCAUCCGCGAGUUCCCUGUCGGGCUGCACCUCAGAGUCCCAGAUAUCAGGCCGAAGCCGGAAGGUCCUUUCCUUGAAGGCACCAUCACUGAUGACUUUCAGACUUUCAAGUUUCAGGUUGCAGCUGAGCACCUUGACCGGUUCAUUCCAAAACAAUGGGUUGCUAUCCGACUGAACACACCCCCUGGAGAACUCGGGCCCCUAACACCGGUCCUAACACCGGUCCCAACCCCGGUCCCUGGCAAAGAACCAACCCAUCGAGCUGAAGCAGGAGAUCUGGUUCACUGCCAAAUUGAGUCGAUAGACUACUUGAAUCAGAGAAUUCAUCUCGAGCCUGGCAUUGACACUGGAUCCUGGUCAAGCCCCCGCGCUGACGCUCACAAAGCGGCCAAGGGACAAGCAUGUCUCCUCCCUUAUGUUCAAGAGUUUGACCAGCUUGGACAAGGAGCGAAGAGGUUGAUGAUGGCUCACCUCCUAGCAACCUUGCCGAGCAUUUCAGACAUCAAGAAGUUCCUUGACCAGAAUCCGCUCUCGAAAGUCAAAGACAUGCCGAGAAUCUCUCCAGCGGCGAUGUCCUUGCUGAACUGGAUCAUAGCUUCAAACCGAUCUUGUAUCUUUGAGACUGGCAACCCCGAGCUCCCAGGCAACAACAGCAGUGCACCGGCGUCUGGAGGUAUCAUACCGGGCAUGGAAGGCUGGGUGCAGUUCCGCUUCCUCCAAGGCUCCCCGGACAAAGAAUCCCUGUUUCAAAACGCGCGAGAGAGUGUCAGGCGCUCCAAGCACCUCACAUGCCCUUCAAUAUUCGCCUGGCAUGGAAGCGCCUUACCGAACUGGCACUCCAUUGUCCGCACGGGGCUGAACUAUGCUGAGACACACAAUGGACGAGCAUAUGGCCAUGGCGUCUAUUUCAGCUCUGUAUUUGGAACAAGCCUGUCCUAUACACGCUCCUCUCAGCUAUCCUUUGGGAUCUGGCCAAACUCGGACCUACGAAUCGUCGCUGCUAUAAGCCUCAAUGAGAUUGUGAACUCGCCCGGCGACUUCGUUUCAACCAGCCCGCAUCUGGUAGUGUCGCAGCCGAACUGGCACAUGUGUCGAUUCUUGUUUGUCAAGAGCGAGGAGACCCCAGAGGAGAAGGCAGCGCAAAAGAACCCCCCGGAAGGUCACCAAUAUAGUCAGCCUUACUCGAAUUAUCCAUCGCAUCCAGGCAAUGCUAGGGACACCAAGUACUUGCAGCAAGAUCCCUCCCGGACGGCCAUAGAUCCACUCGGACAUCCCCUGAACAUCCCACUGGCCGCCCUUCCUUCAUACCAUCACGAGAAAUCUCAGACCAGCCCAGAGGUGAUUGACGUCUCGGAUAACUCCUCUGAUGAGCAUGAUAGUGACACGGAACUCCUGGCCUCAGAAGACGAUGAGUCCCCCCCCUCUUUGUCAACCGACACAUCCAAGACCGAUUUCCGACCUGGUACUCUCGACUUGGGUAGCUUGCCUCGCCUCCAGCCACCUCAGUGGUCUUCCCAGCUUGGCUUGAAAAAAAUCACCUUCCAGGUCAGCCAACUGCAGACCCUGCAGAGCCGAACGCCUCUGCACGAACUGGGCUGGUACAUCGACUUCGACCAGCUGGACAACAUGUACCAGUGGAUCGUUGAGCUGCACAGCUUUGACCCCUCUCUGCCACUGGCCGCCGACUUGAAGAUGGCCGGCCUGACCUCCGUCGUCUGCGAGAUCCGCUUUGGAGAACAGUACCCGUACACUCCGCCCUUUGUGCGCGUCAUCCGGCCGCGCUUCUUGCCCUUCAUGCAGGGCGGCGGCGGCCACGUCACGGCGGGUGGAGCCAUGUGCAUGGAGCUCUUGACCAACUCGGGCUGGACGCCCAUCAGCUCCAUCGAGAGCGUCCUCCUGCAGGUCCGCAUGGCUAUCAUGUCGACGGAUCCCAAGCCGGCGCGCCUGGAUAGGUCCGCCAUGUCUGGCGCUCGGACAGACUAUGGCAUCCGUGAGGCUGUCAAUGCCUAUACACGCUCUGCCAGAACCCAUGGAUGGACGGUUCCCGAAGACAUUGAGAAGAUGGUCACUGGCUUCAGCGCUGCCAGAUCAGGUGCCUAA